AUGGAGAACCAGACUGAUCUUGAUGUUCGUCCUUCUCUCCCAGUGAUCAGAGACACUCUCUAUGACUACCCUUAUUCUGAUUUUGAUGAUGAAGAAGAAGAAGAUGAAGAAGACAUCUGGGUUUCACCAGAUCAUGACCAGAAUCUCUAUUCCAAUUCCAACCUUGCUACUCUCUAUCGUCCUCCAUUGGAAUUGAUGUUCCAAGGUUCGUUCCAUGAAGCUAAAGUUGAAGCUACUGGACAAGACAAGUGGUUACUUGUAAACUUACAAUCCAUGAAGGAGUUCGAAUCACAUGUGAUGAACCGGGAUUUAUGGUCCAAUGAAACAAUAGCUGAGAUGAUCAAGGGUUACUUUCUAUUCUGGCAAGCACAGGAUGAUACAGUGGAAGGGAUGAAGGUUUCCAGUUUUUAUAGAUUUGAUUCAUUACCAGUCAUUCUUGUAAUCGAUCCAAUUACUGGUCAGAAGAUGCGUUUGUCUAAGGGGAUGGUUGAACCGGAUUAUUUGAUGGAUCUUCUCUCUUCUUUCAUGGAGAAUGGUCCUAAAAGUAGGCUUGAGAAGUGUUCUAUGAAGGAGGAGAAGAAGAAGAAGAUGAAGAUGACGUAUCCACCACUUCCUGAAGAGCCUAAGAACGAUGAUACUAGUUUGAUUUGCAGGGUUGGAGUAAGGCUUCCCGAUGGGAGACGGUUUUGCCGGAGUUUUCUUCGUAACGAUCCGAUACAGAUUUUAUGGUCUUUCUGCUGUUCUAAGAUUGAAGAAGCAAAGAUUAGUAAAUUUGAGUUAAUGGUGGCGAUUCCUGGGAAUUCAAAGCGUUUAGAUUACGAGAGUAAAUCAAGUUUUGUGGAAUCUGGGAUUUCAAACUCCAUUAUUUCUCUUGUAUGGGAAUGACAUAUUUGUCAAUUAUUACAAUGUUGUUCAUGAAUUAUUUCUUACAGUUUCAGAUGAUGAACAUCUUCAGUUGGGUUUGUUAAUAUUAAUUGAU